AUGCCAUCAUCAGUUUUGUCCAGCGACAGUAUGCACAUUGGACUUCUGGCAGCCGCUGCUCAUGCUGCAGCAACUAAUAGUUGUUUUACUGUCUUCUAUAAUCCAAGGGCUAGUCCGUCUGAGUUUGUCAUACCACUUUUGAAAUAUAUCAAAGCUGUGUACCAUACACGUAUUUCUGUUGGUAUGCUCUUUAGGAUGCUUUUCGAGACUGAAGAAUCAAGUGUCCGCAGGUACAUGGGUACAAUAACUGGGAUAAGUGAUCUGGAUGCGGUUCGGUGGCCGAGUUCUCAUUGGCGUUCUGUCGGUUGGGAUGAAUCAACAGCAGGAGAGAGACAGCCACGGGUUUCAUUAUGGGAAAUCGAGCCUUUAACAACAUUCCCAAUGUAUCCAUCAUUGUUUCCCCUCAGAUUGAAACGACCGUGGCAUCCUGGCACCUCUUCUUUGCUUGAUGGAAGAGAUGAUGUGGCAAAUGGUCUGAUGUGGAUGAGAGGUGGACCUGCAGACCAAGGUCUCAAUUCUCUUAAUUUUCAAGGUGCUGGUGGCAUGUUACCAUGGAUGCAGCAGAGACUAGAUCCAACUUUACUCGGAAACGAUCAUAAUCAACAAUAUCAAGCCAUGUUGGCGGCAGCUGGAAUGCAGAAUAUGGGUAGUGGAUAUCUCAUGAGGCCACAAAUGAUGAAUUUUCAACAACAGCCUAUCCAGUACCUUCAGUCUGGAAACAAUAAUUCGCCUUUGCAACUUCAGCAACCACACGCAAUUCCACAAUCAGUGUCCUCUAAUAUGAUGCAACCACAAGGCCAAGUGCUUACUGAAAACCUGUCUCAGCACCUCCUUCAGAAAACAAAUAACAAUCAAGAAGUCCAAGGUCAACAGCAGCAACAUGGUUAUCAAGAUACACUUCUUAUUCAAAAUGAUCAACUCCAUCAGCGACAACAACAACAGUCCAAUGCGCCAUCACCAUCGUAUACAAAACAAGAUCUCCUGGAUUCAAACUUGAAGUUUCCUGCUUCGGCUUCCUUCGGACAAAACAUGCUUGGUUCGCUUUGCAAUGAAGGAACUGGCAAUCUCUUGAAUCUAUCAAGUCUAUCCAGAAGCGGUCAGUCGUUGAUGACCGAACAGUUACCCCAACAAUCAUGGACUCAGAAGUAUGGGAAUAUGCAGGUCAACGCGUUUAGCAACACAAUGUCUCAUGCACAAUUUUCUGGAAAAGAUUUGGCAGUGGUGCCACAUUGUGAUUCAGAUACGCAAAACCAUACUCUCUCGGGUGUCAAUAUUGAUUCAUCUGGCCUUCUACUCCCCACCACUGUCCAAGGUUACACCACUUCGUCUGCUGACACUGGUGCGUCAACGAUGCAGUUAGGGGAGUCGGGAUUUCAGAGUUCUCUAUACGCCUGCAUGCAAGAUUCAUCUUCAUUUUUGCAAAAUGCAGAGCAAAGCGACCCACAAAACCAGAACCCAACAUUUGUGAAGGUUUACAAAUCGGGUUCGGUUGGUCGUUCACUUGACAUCUCUCGGUUCAACAGCUAUCGUGAGCUGCGAGAGGAGUUGGGUCAGAUGUUAAUUUGUAAAAAUGUAUAUACAGAAAGUUUUAAGAAUUUGUUGUCUGCCAUGGCAGCAAAUCGUUUUUCCACAAUAGUCGCCAUGCUUUUGGUUGUUUCGGUAGCUCUCGCUUCUCUCCCACCUCCACCUCCAGGUACUUUUGAUUCUACAACUAGUCCGAACACGAGCAGCACCUUCCAAAUUAUAAAUAUAUGA